AUGAGCUGCGCCUCCGGGAGCGUCGUGCUCCCUGCCGGAGAGCCGCCGCGAGCCGCCGCCGCCCCGCUGGAGCUGCCGGCCGGGGCGGGGGAGGCGAGCGGGGACACCCCCGAGGAGGGCGAGGGCCGGAGGGGCGGCUCGGAGAGCGGGGCCGCCGGCGGCGACAAGCCCGAGACGCGCUCGGUGUGCAGCAGCAGCGAGAGCGGCAGCGGCGGCCACGCCGGCGGGGCCGGCCCCAUCUGCAAGAUCUGCUUCCAGGGCCCCGAGCAGGGUGAAUUGUUAAACCCUUGCCGCUGCGAUGGCUCAGUACGAUACACGCAUCAGCUUUGCCUCUUAAAGUGGAUAAGUGAAAGAGGGUCAUGGACCUGUGAACUCUGCUGUUACAGAUACCAUGUUAUAGCCAUUAAAAUGAAAAAGCCUUGUCAGUGGCAAAGCAUUACUAUAACACUGGUUGAGAAAGUGCAGAUGGUUGCUGUAAUCCUAGGAUCUCUGUUCUUAGUAGCAAGUGUGACUUGGCUUCUAUGGUCAGCCUUCAGCCCUUAUGCAGUAUGGCAAAGAAAGGACAUCCUUUUUCAAAUCUGCUAUGGAAUGUAUGGUUUUAUGGAUCUAGUAUGCAUAGGACUGAUAGUCCAUGAAGGUGCAUCUGUUUAUCGAGUGUUUAAGCGCUGGAGAGCUGUGAAUCUACACUGGGAUGUGUUAAAUUAUGAUAAAGCCACGGACAUAGAAGAGAGCAAUCGAGGAGAAUCCUCAGCAGGGAGGACAUUGUGGCUGCCACUGACUGCAUUUAGAAACAGAAGUUUAGUUCAUCCAACACAGUUAACCUCACCAAGAUUUCAGUGUGGCUAUGUGUUGUUACACCUGUUCAACCGCAUGAGACCUCAGGAGGACUCAUCAGAGGAUAACUGCUCGGGGGAAGUAGUGAUGAGAGUGACCUCAGUGUAAAGAUUGUGCUCACUGUGCUACACAGAUAAGGAUAAUGUGCCCUGGUGUUACAGGACUGCGGAAUGUAGUUAUGAUGAAUGGUGAAACCAUUAACACUUGAAAAAUAUAUACCCUUCUUUUUUUUAAAUUUAAUGUUUUUUAUAUGAUCAGAUAAAACACAAAUACAUUUU